ACACUGGAUUAGGCAGUUCGACAUGUUAGGUGUUCUGCCACAUUUAUGUAUAGAAUCAAGCAAGCACCACUCUGCCAACCUGAAGAAAUUGUUAAGUAUAUAUUGUUAUUCACCAAGCAAUUUGUCAUGAGCUUCUGUGGUUCAUAAGUUUGUUGUGAGUUGUAAACAUGGGAUAUCAGCUUAUUUCGGACCUAUUUGUUGCUAAAUCAGUCUGCAGAAAAAUAGAUACAUAUCAUGCGUGACUCCCUUUCUGUGCUCCACCUUUGUGUGCAGAUUGCCAAACAAAAACAAACAUGCCUACCCCUCUAAAAUCUCCUCAUUUCUUCAUUGUCACAUGGUUUUGCUUCCCAUGUUACCUUGCCUAUGGAGGCCCCAUUUGAGGAACUGCCUCUGGCUAUAUGCAUAUAUAAUCAACCCACUUCAUUACCUCCUGCAUAACACAAAAAUAGAAGCAAGUGUUCUAAGACUUGAAGCCCUUCUUUUUCUACCAUCUUAAAAGCUAGAUUAACAAGAUGAUCACUGCCAAAAAGCUUAUCAAACUGGCAAGGAAAUGGCAGAGGAUGGUUUCUCUAAGGCGAAAAGCAAUCACAAUGCCAAGAAACACUGUGAUUGUGGAUGCAGAAACUUGUAGCACAUCGUACACAGCUGAGAAGGGUCACUUUGUGGUGUACUCAAUUGAUCAAAGACGCUUUGUGCUUCCUUUAGAAUAUCUUAACAAUGGUAUCGUCAAAGAACUAUUCGAUCUCGCUGAAGAAGAGUUUGGAUUGGCAAGCAAUAGUCCUCUCAUACUGCCAUGUGAUGCCUGCUUUAUGGAGUACAUAAUCGAUUUAAUUCAAAGGCGUAUGACUAAAGAUGUAGAGAAAGCAUUGCUAAUAUCCAUGGCUAGCAUUCGCUGCUCAUCAUCUAAUGAUCCUCAUCAAGCAAUUACAAGUCAAAAAUUACCAAUCUGCAGUUUCUAGAACUCAUUAUAUUCUGUUUUUGUAAUUGAUCUACAUAAGUGUACAGAGAUUUUUAAAAAGAUUUGUAAGAUUCUCUUCAUUAUGAAUCAUUUAGCGUUUAUAUACCA